AACCCCUUCUUCUUCUUCUUCUUCAACGAAUCAAUCACUCAAUAUUUUCAAUAAUUGAUUAAUCCAUCUUUAAACACAUACUUUGAAUGUACAAUUAAUUGACUAUUCAAGAAUUUGGGCUGUGAGAUGGCUGGAUCAAGAGAUAAGUUUCCGGAUGUAAUUCGCUCAACAAGAACCACACAUGGAGCAGCAGGAGGGGGAUUAAAGGCAGCAGCAGGCGGGAAAUUAGGCGGUUUGGGGAGAGGGCAAAACCGAAGAAUAUUGGGGGAAAUCAACAAGAAUAUCAUCGGGGCUCCGGGAGCAUAUAGUUAUCUCAAUAAUGGUGGAUGCAUAGGAAACAAUCCAAUCCCUAGUAAGAAACCAUUGGUUACAGUUCAACGACCAGUUACUAGGGCGGUUAGUGCACAGAUUGCAGGCAAACCAUCCCUACCUUUACCAGAGGGAAAGAAGCCGAAAAUUGAAAUAAUCAUUGACAGCCCUGAAGACUGCAGCAUCGUUGAUGUUGAAGAUGACUUCAAUGCACCAAUGUUUGUGCAGCAUACUGAGGCGAUGCUGGGAGAAAUUGACAAGAUGGAUGAGGAUAUAUGUGAAGAAUCGCUUUUGGACAUUGACGAUGCUGACAGGGAUGAUCCGCUUUCAGUAGUGGAAUAUAUUGAUGACAUUUAUGCACAUUACAGGAAACAAGAGAUAUCAAACUGCGUUUCACCUAGGUACAUCUCCCAACAACAAUAUGACAUAACUGACAGGAUGAGAGGCAUUCUGAUUGACUGGCUGAUUGAGGUGCAUUACAAAUUUGAACUCAUGGAAGAAACCUUAUACCUAACGGUCAACCUAAUUGACCGGUUCUUGGAGCGCGAGACUGUAUCACGCAAGAAACUGCAGCUUGUGGGAGUGACAGCCAUGCUUCUAGCAUGUAAAUAUGAAGAAAUAUCUGUCCCUGUUGUCGAGGAUUUUAUACUGAUUUCAGACAGAGCUUACACAAGAACAGAAGUUCUUGAUAUGGAGAAGGCAAUGGUGAAUACCCUUAAAUUCAAUCUAUCGGUUCCAACUCCCUAUGUGUUUAUCAAGAGGUUUCUCAAAGCUGCAAAGUCUUAUAAGGAGCUUGAGCUGUUAUCGUUCUACUUGAUUGAUAUGUGCCUGGUGGAGUAUGAAAUGCUGAAGUUCCCACCUUCACUACUAGCAGCAGCUGCUGUUUUCACCGCAGAAUGUACUCUCAGCAGAUCAAGACAAUGGACUAAAACAAGUGAACUUCAUUCCAGCUACACCGAGCGCAAUCUAUGGGAAUGCUCGAAGAUGAUGGUUGGUUUGCACCAGAAAUCAGGAAGCGGGAAACUCCUAUCCGUGUACAAGAAGUAUGGCACAUCAAAGUAUGGCCAUGUAUCUCAAACUGAGCCUGCCAGCUUCAUGUUGGAGCCAAAGUUUUGGGAUUGAUUAUGACUUGACAAUAUAUGUUGAAAUGGGUUUUUGAUGAGCAACCUAUAGUUGCCCGUGCAUAGGUUGAUUAUCAAGUAUAAUUAGGAUUUUAUUACUCUACCUAUAGUUUCCCGCGCAUAGGUUGAUUAUCAAGUAUAAUUAGGAUUUUAUUACUCUAUCUGUUAGAUGUAUAUGGUUGUUUAGAUAGUGUCAAUAUGACUUGUUAGUG